CUCAGUUCCCACAUUUACCUACAAAAUCAAAGGGCAGAUUAGGUAACCUAGGUAAAAUUUUAUUACUUAAUUAAUCACAUACGUUUGAGAUGAAUUCACAAAUAGCCUACAUCUUAAUGUGGUGGAAAAAGAAGGCAGGGGUGCACAGAUAGUCUAGUCAUGCUGUUUGUCACAGAAACAAUGCUGACCAUGCUGAAAAAUCAUGAAAAUUAUUAGAGAAAGGUAAGGCAAUAUUAACUAUGUCAGCAUCUAAAGUUCCAUGCAAGUCUUAUGGUUACUUUGACCUAACCUUUGCGCAUCAAUACUUAAAAUAAAAUAAAAUAAAAUAAAAAUUCUCCAUUAGAUUAAGUUCGAUCUGACGAAGAGCUUGCAUUAACGUUAACAGCCAGUGGGUGGCGCUUGACUAGGUCCAGACUUGCAUUGGAGCUGGACUAGGUCAAGCUCCACCCAUUAGGCUCUGCAGUGAGCACCACUUGGAGAAAAGGAUACAUUUAUACAGUAAUGCCUCGCUCCCUUCAGAGUGGCCACAUCCAGAGCUCUGUCAUAGGAAUGAUCACUCAAAACAGUGGUUAUAAACGAGAACGAAUUAUUCAAAAACAUAUUCAUUACAAACGAAACCCCACUAAUUCAAAACCAUAGAAUGGGAGCAGUUUAGAGAGUGGAGUUGUUUUUAAUAGGCUUCUUUUGGAACAUUUGUAGCUGGAAAGAGAAAAAAAAUGCAUGAGUUAAGGCGUGUGUGAGAGAGAGAGAGAGAGAGAGAGAGAGAGAGAGAGAGAGAGAGAGAGAGAGAGAGAGAGAGCGAAGCGGAAAGACCUUAUUCCACAGUAAGCAUCAACAUCAGUCUCCGUGCCAAUCUGAAGCUGUACGUGGACACAUUCGGGCACGGAGAUCUUUUCUGUAAGAGUGAUUGUGUAGACGCGAAUCAACCAGAAACUGGAUGGUUUUGUAUAAGGGUUAACUUAGAGGUUGAACUUGAGUAGCCGAAGUCUUGGACGGAUCUCCACUUUUGUACAAAACAGCCUACGUUGAGCGCAUCUGAUCUUCCCCGAGCACUCGGAGCUGAUGAGGGGUUUGCUGUCGGUGUGAUCCGUGCGCAAUGGCCGCUUCAUGCGGACAGAAGAGCGAGAAGUUAGAUGAAGCGCAGGCUUUGGCGAGGAGCUGUGCGGGGCGACCGGACUUUCUGCCCUGCGAUGGACUAUCCAUCUGCGCCACACACAGCCACGGGAAGUGCUUCAAGCUGCACUGGUGCUGUCAUCUGGGCUGGUGCCACUGUAAAUACGUCUAUCAACCCAUGACCAGCGUUUGUCAGCUUCCCAGCACAUCAGUUCCUGUUGCCCCCUCAGAUCAAACCCACACCAUGAACCUGUCAAUCUCCCUGACUGAACGCUUCCUCAGGACAGCUCCCAAGUUUCGAAUUCCACCUUGCCCAGAAUCGCCCAAAUUCUGUGUCAUCUCUGACCUCUUUGUGGAUGAUUACAUGGUUAAACGUAUCAAUGGUAAAAUGUGUUACGUACAAAGACCGCCUCCACCAACGGCAAACCCUACACACCAACUUCAAACCCCAGCACCUCAACCUGCACCCCAGCGUACCAACAAGCACACACACCAGGUGGGUCCCAUCGUAAAACAUGCCCAACGGAGCGAGAUCUCAGGCCCUAAAAUGGGCCACUGCUCCUCUCCCUCCAGCUCAGAAGAUUCUGGAAUCAAUGCGUUGGGUCUGCACUACAUGGAAUCAUGCGAUGAGGACUCCUGUGUGGAUGAUGAGGAGGAGGAAGAGGAAGAUGAUGAGCUGAGUACCGAUGUCGAAUCCAGCCCUGGUAGCUUCUGGGACCAGGAUGAGUGCACUUUACUGUCACCAUCCAAAUCAACUGUUGAAAUCAUCGAGAAGAUUGAGACUACAGUUUGAUGUGCCUGUCAGUUCAUACCACAAAUGAGAAAUAGAAUUUCCCCAUGAAAUUUCCAUGGAAUGGAUCUUUAUUGAAUUGAGAAAUGGAAUAACUCAGUCACGUAAACACUUCCCCACACUGUCCUACAGGUGCAUGAGCUCCAUCAGCCAAUACAAACACACAUGCUGUUAUAGCAAUGGCAUCAGAAGUUGUCCCAGAAAAACUCUAGACAUGAGUCAUGGGGGCUUCUCUCCUGUACUUACCGCAACUCUCAUUCUCCCUAUAGUCUGUUCCCUUACGCAUGGUGAAGCUGAUGUAUGUUACACACAAGUGAGUGCACUGACAUACACAUAUAGUGGAGACUAUGACCAAACGGAACUCAAUACUUGAUAGAAUAUUUUAUGGAUGAACAGAUGUAUCAAAGUCUAACUUUGAAGUUUGAAGCUUCCCGGGGUAUACUGACUCCCUAAAGAGCCCAGCUGCAUUCUGUUCAACGCAUAGAAGUGAAAGAGUUAAAGGCUGAUGAAAUACAGAGAGACUGAGAAUAAGGCGGCCUGUGUGUGUGUGUGUGUGUGUGUGUGUGUGUGUGUGUGUGUGUUAGGAGGAUGGAGAGCGUUACAAAAAUAGAAGGAAAAAGAAUGAGAUGGAAAGAGAAGCUUUCAACCUCCUGUUAGCAGAAUCAGUCAGAGCAGUGGCUAAAUCAUGCAUAAGCUCAGAGAAUGGUAAUGAAACUUUCUGAUGAAAGGAGGUUGAGGCUUCGUGCUUGAGGGAAUCACCCUUCUCUUUCUCUCUCUCUCUCUCUCGCUCUCUCUCACUCUCUCUCUCUCUCUCUCUCUCACUCACACACACACACACACACACACACACACACACAGAGAGAUUCCCUAGAG